UGCUAGCAGAGAAAACUUGUAUAGCAGUGAUCAGCAACAUCAUAAACAACAAACACUACAACAACAACAGAAACAUCAACACCAAACAGCAACAACAACAACAUCAGGGCAACAACAGCAGCAGCAACAACACCACCACCAUUCACAUCAACAGUUAUUGCGCCAGUCGUUGAUCAACCUCAGUGGUGCUCAGAACGUUCAGAGUACCCCACCGCUAUCGGGUAGUCAUUCGGAUAACAACAGUUAUUGUAGCGCCAAUACAUCGCUCGAACAACCGGAAUCGCAACAACAACAACAAUUGUCUUCAUCUGCCGCCUAUUUGCAUAGUACGCCCCGAAGUUCUCGUUCACCCUCCCAGCACCAUCAACACGACCAGCAGCAGGGAAAUCCGAUCGGUUGUGGCACUGGGCCAGGUGGUGCCAAACUCCACAAAUCGAUUUCGUGCAGCUGUGAAUCGUUGAAAUGUGCCGAAUCGGUAUCCUUGGCCGGAGGUCUUGAAACACCGUCGCCCUGUUUGGCCAACGACGAAGAAUCGCAACGUCGUAAUUUCGAUACUAGCACAACAAAAUCGCUGAGUCGCAAUUUUCGGGAUUCGACAGCGUUAACAAAAAGAAACGAAGGAGAAGACGACGAACACGAUCAUCAACAACAACAACGGGAUAACAACGAAUUUUCCUUGGACCCUAGUAAGAAAUCGAUUAGCGGUGUAAGUGUGCGCAGCGGAAGUGUUGGCCCCGCGGCCAGAUCCUUUACCACCACACCGUCGUCCACAGGUGAUGGUGAUCGCCAUUCGCUGCCCUACGAAGAAACAUCGACAACAGCAACAGCAGCAGGUCAGCGUUUGUCCAAGCAAACCUCGUACGACAGCAGCAGCAACGGCGGCGUAGCAGGACAUCGUUCGCCCCAACUGCUAUCCCUAGCUGAUGCUCGGCACCAGACCCCGGGACCAGGAGCCACUAAGUCCCACUACACACACCAGUACCUGGAGAGCUGCAGCCCCACCAGCCGUCUCUCACAGAGUCCGAACAGUAAAAGCAGUAGCUUGGCCAUAGCCGAUGCUGAAUAUCAGGACGCCCAGCAGUCAACCGGAGAUUUUACACAACUAGUCGUUCGCAACUUGAGUCAUUCGGAUCCCAUUCGAUCCGAACUAGAUCCGGAACUCAGCCAUUGUCCGGCCUCGUUACUGAAGACCCAUUACAGUGACGUUAACAUCUACGCCAAGAACGAACUUGAUCGCCACCUAUCGCAACCGGAUAAACAGCAGCUGGUCAAUAACGCCUACAUCUUCAAGUGUAUCGGAGGAGCGGGUCAACAGAGUCCCACAUCGUUCCUCAAGACCAAUAAAAUCAAAGAGCAGACGCGUAAACUGCGCAACCUCUCGUUGAAAACCAAUCCGUCGACGGGUAAAAAGAAAUCGCAAAUCCUAUCGAAAUCGAACGCGGUCUCCGACAACUCCCUGCAUCCGGGUGACAAGUAUUUGAAUCUCUAUUUGGUGGAAAAGAAGAAUAAGCAGCCCGCAGCAGGCCAGAGUGCAGCAUCACGCCACAGUGCCCCCUUUGUGGUCAACGGAGCUGUGAAGCCCUCGUCAUAUCCCGCAUCAUAUCGUUCCUCAGUGAAGAGUGAAACAGCCGUAAGUGCCGCCAUACAACAACAAGCCGCAAGUGCAGCAGCAACCAGUACCAGUCCCAGUGUUGCCGCAGGUGUUCACGGCAGUAGUCUUAGCGAUCAUCCGCCGCCGACGCACGUCUCAUCUGCAGCAGCAGCAGCGGUCGUUCAAUCAACUCCGGUCAAUUAUCAACAAUCCAAUCCAGGCAACGCCGCAGCCGAUACCCCCACCCCCACAUCGACCACUUCGACUUCCACCAAACGGCCAACCACGAAACCAGCCAAAAUUAACAACAAAGGCUGCAAUCUGGUCAACAACGGCACCAAACUUAGCGUCAGCACAAAUUCGUGCAAUCGUCUACAUGCCGGUUCGCCACAUGCAAUAUCACCGAAAAGCUCUGUAUCCAGCAACGGUCACCUCAACAAGUAUUGUCUGACCGACAUCAGUCGCCGCAAGACCGAAUUCAACCGCCAGCUAAGCGCCCCGACCGACUACACCCACCAUUCGUCGACCAGCAACGGUGCGAGCAACGGUGGUGGUUCGCGUCACUCCCAGCAGGAGGUCCAUCACGUUGGCGCAUCCACCUCAACGGUAGCCAGUGCCGCUGCGGUCCUCAAGUCGUCCGGCGCCCAUUUGUCACAGUCGUCGUCGCAGUCGCACCAACAGUCGCAGCUCCAGUUGCAACAGCUCCAGCAGCUCCAACAACAACAACAGCAGCAACAGCAUCCGUUACAACAACAGCAACAACACCAUCUCUACCAUCAGCAUCAGUUUCAUCCGCAUCCGCACCAGCAUCUGUUGCAGCAUCAGCACCACCACUACCAACACAGUCAACAGCAUUUACACCAGCAACAGUUGCCGCCGCAUCAGAGCGCGUCAACAACAACAGUAUUAACGAAACCGACAUCGAAUUCGUGCACGAAUAGUUUUAAUCGUCGCCACAUCAAACGGCAGAAAAAUACGAAAUUAAAUGAAAGACUCUUACGUCGUGAUAGCGAAGAUUCAUCCGUUCGAUGCUCGUACUGUUCUGUACUAAAUGUCAACGAGAACGAUUUGAGGAGAUCCUUUGAAAAUACCUGCACCGAUUCAUUGGUAACAGCUUUUGAUGAUGAGGCUUUACUAAUAUGCGACCAAGGAAACGAAAUGGUUCACUUUGAUGACGUAUCGUUGUACGGGACUCCGAAAGAGGAGCCAAUGCCUUCCAUCCCCAUUGUUUCGGAAAAAGUUUCAGCGAACUUCUUAAAGAGUCAAUUGCAAUCAUGGUUUCAACCGACCGACAAUCGGUUGGCUAUGAAAUUAUUUGGCAGCCGCAAGGCAUUGGUCAAAGAAAGAAUACGCCAGAAGACUUCCGGACAUUGGGUUAUUCACCCAUGCAGUUCAUUCAGGUUUUAUUGGGACCUUUGUAUGCUUUUAUUAUUAGUAGCAAAUCUUAUUAUCCUGCCAGUCGCAAUAUCAUUCUUCAACGAUGAUCUAAGCACAAGAUGGAUUGCCUUUAACUGCCUAAGUGAUACUAUUUUUUUAAUAGAUAUUGUAGUCAAUUUUAGAACAGGAAUUAUGCAACAAGACAACGCCGAACAGGUGAUAUUGGAUCCCAAGCUUAUAGCCAAACAUUAUUUAAGGACCUGGUUUUUUCUUGAUUUAAUCUCAUCGAUACCGCUCGACUAUAUCUUUUUGAUUUUCAAUCAGGACUUCUCCGAUUCAUUUCAAAUUCUACAUGCCGGUCGUGCCCUACGAAUAUUACGCUUAGCUAAGCUUCUAUCGCUUGUGCGAUUGUUGCGUCUGUCGCGUCUCGUGCGCUAUGUGUCGCAAUGGGAGGAGGUGUAUAUUCUGCAGAAUCUACAGAAAAAAAGUGCUGAUCGAAGAGGGAGAAUGCACAGAAAAGACAAAGAUGGCAUAACUAAAAGCAACCUAAUUUUAAAGUUUCUGAAUAUGGCCUCGGUCUUUAUGCGAAUUUUCAAUUUGAUUUGUAUGAUGUUGUUGAUCGGCCAUUGGAGUGGUUGUUUGCAAUUUUUAGUGCCAAUGUUACAAGGGUUUCCCUCGAACUCGUGGGUGUCGAUAAACGAAUUACAGGAGUCAUAUUGGCUGGAACAAUAUUCAUGGGCUUUAUUUAAAGCCAUGUCACAUAUGCUAUGCAUAGGUUAUGGCAGAUUUCCUCCCCAAUCCCUUACCGAUAUGUGGCUGACCAUGCUGUCAAUGAUAUCGGGCGCCACCUGUUAUGCCCUGUUCCUCGGUCAUGCCACAAAUCUCAUCCAGAGUUUGGAUUCGAGUCGACGCCAGUAUCGCGAAAAGGUCAAACAGGUCGAAGAGUAUAUGGCAUAUCGGAAGCUGCCGCGCGAUAUGCGUCAACGAAUAACGGAAUAUUUCGAACACCGGUAUCAGGGUAAAUUCUUCGAUGAAGAAUGCAUUCUGGGUGAAUUGAGCGAAAAGCUAAGAGAGGAUGUUAUCAAUUAUAAUUGCAGAUCUCUCGUUGCGUCAGUGCCUUUUUUUGCAAAUGCUGACUCCAAUUUCGUUUCCGAUGUCGUUACAAAACUUAAAUACGAAGUAUUUCAACCAGGUGAUAUUAUUAUAAAGGAGGGUACAAUCGGUACCAAAAUGUAUUUUAUACAGGAAGGUGUCGUCGAUAUUGUUAUGGCCAAUGGCGAGGUGGCAACAUCAUUAUCGGAUGGCUCAUAUUUUGGUGAAAUUUGCCUGCUAACAAAUGCCCGUCGUGUGGCCAGUGUCCGGGCCGAAACCUAUUGUAAUCUAUUCUCGCUAAGCGUGGAUCAUUUCAAUUGUGUGCUGGACCAAUAUCCGCUGAUGCGCAAAACGAUGGAAACGGUGGCGGCGGAACGUCUCAAUAAGAUUGGCAAAAAUCCCAAUAUUAUGCAGCAGAAAGAUGAACAAAUCAGCAAUCCUGAGUCAAAUCAAAUAACGGCCGUGGUGAAUGCCUUGGCAGCGGAAGCGGAUGAUUGUAAAGAUGACGACAUCGAUGCUAAAGAGAAUUUAUUGCAUGGUUCCAUGUCGAGCAUAACAGAGCCCAUACAAACCAUACGUGAAGGUCUACCCCGUCCUAGAAGUGGUGAAUUUCGUGCUUUAUUCGAGGGCAAUACUCCAUGACACUGAGAAAAGCUUUCAUCCGCGUCGACACCAACGCUGCAGCUGUAUCAAUAUCAUCGCCAGCUGUUGGCGAUCAGUGUGUGUGGUGUACGUCGUGCUACACUGU